GGGCGCGCUCGGCCCCUGAGGUGCGGGCCUUUAUAAACGCGCCCGCUCGGUAGGCGGUUGUUGCGGAGAGGUUUGCGGGGUCGUGAUGGUCGGGGUGCGUGCGGUUUCAGAGCAGAGGCGCCCGGAGCAGAGCGCGCCAGGCCUGCCUCGCGCAGGCUUCGUUCUGGGGCUGGACGUGGGCAGCUCGGUCAUCCGCUGCCACGUCUAUGACCACGCGGCGCUGAUCCGCGGCUCCAGCGCACAGAAGGUACAAAGUCUUUAUCCUCAAACUGGCUGGGUUGAAAUUGAUCCUGAUGUUCUCUGGCUUCAGUUUCUUGCUGUAAUAAAAGAGUCUGUUAAAGCUGCAGGAAUAGAGAUGAAUCAAAUUGUUGGUCUUGGCAUUUCAACACAGAGAGCAACUUUUAUUACAUGGAACAAGAAAACGGGAAAUCAUUUUCACAACUUCAUUAGUUGGCAAGACCUAAGAGCUAUUGAGCUGGUAAAAUCUUGGAAUAAUUCAUUCCUAAUGAAGCUAAUACAGAGCUCCUGCCGAGUGCUACACUUUUUCACUAGAAGUAAACGAUUUUUUGCAGUCAGUAUGUUCAGUUUCACAAACCAGCAUGUUUCUUUGAGAUUGGCCUGGAUUUUACAGAACCUGGUUGAGGUGCAAAAGGCAGUUGAAGAAGAUAAUUGCUGCUUUGGGACUAUUGAUACCUGGUUGUUACACAAGCUCACAAAAGGUUCUGAAUUUGCCACGGAUUUUUCAAAUGCCAGUGCAACUGGGCUAUUUGACCCUUUUAAGAUGUGUUGGAGUGGGCUCCUGACCUCCCUGCUUUCAAUACCACUGUCUCUCCUGCCUCCUGUGAGGGAUACGAGCCACCAUUUCGGAUCAGUGGAUGAAGAGAUAUUUGGUGUGCCUAUACCAGUAGUGGCCUUGGUCGCCGAUCAGCAAUCAGCCAUGUUUGGAGAAUGCUGCUUCCAGACUGGAGACGUGAAACUUACCAUGGGAACUGGGACAUUUUUGGAUAUUAAUACUGGAAAUAGCGUGCAACAUACUGUUGGAGGCUUUUAUCCACUAAUUGGGUGGAAGAUUGGGCAAGAAGUUGUAUGCUUAGCUGAAAGCAAUGCAGGAGACACUGGUACAGUCAUAAAAUGGGCUCAACAAUUAGACCUUUUCACAGAUGUUGCUGAGACUGAAAAAAUGGCCAAAAGUUUGGAAGAUUCUGAAGGAGUCUGUUUUGUUCCAUCUUUUAGUGGAUUGCAGGCUCCAUUAGAUGACCCCUAUGCAUGUGCCUCUUUUAUGGGUUUGAAGCCUUCCACCAGUAAAUACCAUCUUGUACGAGCAAUAUUGGAAUCAAUAGCUUUCAGAAACAAACAGUUAUAUGAGUUGAUGCAGAAAGAGAUCAAUAUCCCUGUGACAAAAGUCCGGGCAGAUGGAGGAGUUUGUAAGAAUGAUUUUGUCAUGCAGAUGACUUCAGACCUGAUUAAUGAAAAAAUAGAGAGACCUGUCAACACAGACAUGUCGUGCCUUGGUGCAGCUUCUCUAGCUGGCCUUGCUGUUGGGUUUUGGACUGACAAGGAGGAACUAAAGAAACUGAGGCAAAGUGAAGUGGUUUUCAAGCCACAGAAGAAAUGGCAAGAAUAUGAAAUGAGUAUGGAAAACUGGGUCAAAGCAGUGAAACGCUCCAUGAAUUGGUAUAACAAGCUGCAGCACUAAGUGGAAUGGUUGGUUGAUGUGACAUGCAGAUGAGACACAGCUCAGGGAUAAUAACCAAUACGACGAUGACUGAGAAGAUUUAAGAUGAGCUUUGCAACCUGAGAGAAAAAAAAAAAACAGUGCUUUUUUGAAAAAACAAAAAAUCCCUCAUUUUUUAAUAUAAACCUUGGUAAAUUGUAAGGCAACAGUACCUCAAAACUUUGUAUCUUCUGUUUUAUAGUAAAUUCCAAAGGACAUUAGCCAUUUCCAGCCAUAUUUUUACAGCUAUGGGUCCUUCUCCUUUUUAUACGGGGUCAGUGAUCUAUACACACAUUUGCUAUCUGAGUUACUAGUUCUGGGUCAAGCACCGUUCAUGUUUUGUUCCAAAACUAAGUGACAAGUGUUCCUUUAAUUCUUUAAAAUUAAAUGGGCUAUAUGAAGUUCACACAGCUAGAAAGAAAGAAUGAGGAAAUGCCGAAAUUUUGAAACAUUAAUAUUUUAUAUUUAAAACCAUAAUUGUUCAGUACUGUAUCCAAAUAUGAGCUCAAUAUGCCCCACAGAUAGGCUUACUUGUUAGUCAGUUCUUUCCUUUAUUGGGCUUAAAGACACUGCCUUAAUUUUUACUUGUUUAACCAAAAUCUGAACAUUCUGUAUGUAUUGGAAAAAUAACUUUAGUUAAUGAAACUAAAAAAGGUCUUGAUUCAUCAGGAACAAGAAGAUAUUUUCUUUCUCAAACAGCAUUUCUUUCAAAAACUUCUGCCUAAAGUAUAACAUCCCGUUUUUGUUUUUGUUUUUCAAAAUCCAGCUAGUGAAUAUAAAUCUUGCUUUUCUUUUCCUGUUCUUUAUCUUUGUUGUUGAGAUGCUUGCAUAAAUGUCUUUUGCUUUUAUUAAGUGCCUAAUUGACAGUGCUUAAUUUGAAGAAAGUGCCCUAAUUCAUUGGUGACAUAAGAAUUGCCUUCACUGCGGUAUUUAACUUGUCCAGAUAUCUUUUAUUUUUGUCCAAUCUGCUCAUCUCUCUCAGAUAGCUUCAGUGGGUAGCGGACAGAGGUAAUCAGAGUAUAUCCAUGCUAAUGAUUGCCCUAUAACCACCUGGGCCAGAGCUCCACAGAAAGGAGCAGGGACAGUUCUACAAUAUCAAACUUUCUUGAUAGAAACAAAUGUAAAAGAAUCAGAGUUGUGAGUAGCUUUAGGCCUGGUGUAAAAUUGUCCUAUGGAAGGAGACUACCUUCCAACCUGUUCUCAUACUGUUUGGCCCUCUCUCUAUUUGGGCUAGGUUCCAUUUAGACUUGUAGCAAUAAUGAAUUUAUUUCUCUCUUAGUCAGGCUUUGUCACAUGAAGUCCUACUGUUCUAGAACUAGUUGUUAAAUACUAAUGUAAUUUAAAAAGUGACUGUUGCAGGGAAUUUUGUGGUUGCUGUCACAUGUAUCUAUUUCAGUGACAGAUGUGAUAGACAUCUAGGGGCCACAUUGCAUUUCACCAAAUUCUAUUUCAGUGAACUAUGUCUUCUUAAAGUAUUAACAUUUUUGAUGGAAUCAUUAUAGCCAAUGGUAUCAUUAACUCCAUUAACUAAGAUUUGGAAAUAUUUUUGUUAAGUGGAGGUGUUUUGUUCACUGUAACAAGUUAGAUUCCAUUAUGUAGAUAGUGUUCUUUUAUUCUUUUUCAUUUUUUAUGUCCUUUUUACAAAGCUUAGUGAGCAUUUAUAGGCCUUUUAACCAAAAUCAGAUCAUAUGCAAGCAUCUCUGCUGUUUUACUAUUUCUUACAGAUUCUGCUUCUCAGUGGGUAUGGUUUCAUAGGAAAGAAUUGUCUUUCUGUAUUAAGAUAUACUGAAUUGUAAUAUUAUUAAUACUUAAAAAUCUGUUAGCUCAUUUCUUUUUCACAUUCUUCUUUACAUCAUACAACCACAAAAUAAAGGUUAAAUACCUUUUAGAUAAUGUGAGAGAGUAACUUAGAAUAUGUCUCAUCAGAAUUGAGCAUCUCAAAAAUCAGUGGCUAAUUUUUCCUUCUGUUUGUCUAGGAGUUAAUUUAUUUUUACUACCUCGCAUUGUUUUUUAGUGACACAGUUUAGUAAAUCUUUUGCCAGAUUUGACCUAAAUCAGGAACAUGACCACAUUUGCUUUUGUAGUUGUAGAAACAGUUGCUAUUCAAAAUCAGUUGAGCAAAAUAAUUAUCCCUUCCAUCUUCCAAGUUUGUUUUCAUUUGUAUGCUAAUAUUUGCAGUUAAAAAAAAAUUGUGCUAAGAUUUCUCAGCAUGUUUUAUUUUCCUAUUAUGGAUCAAUCAGGUAUUUUUAGGAGAUCUGUAGCUAUAUUAUCAGAAGAGAAUGUUUCUGUACAAUCCUUCUUAAAGUGGUACUAAUUGCUUUCAUACUGAGACUUACUGAUUUUUAAUUUUUUUACAUCCGACCAUAAUAUGGCUUAUCAAUCUCAACAUUAUUGACAUUUGGGACAAGUAAUUCUUUAUUUUGGGAUGUUGUACUAUGCAUUAUAGGAUAUUUAGCAGUGUCCCUGAUCUGUACCCACUAGCUACCAGUAGCAUCCCCCUAGUUGCGGUGGUCAAAAACGUCUCCAAACACUGCCAGAUGGACCUCAGGAGGCAAUAUCACUCCCAAUUGAGAACCACUAAUAUAGACUAUUAGAAGAAAAUUGAAGACUCUGCAGAUAUAGUAUCUGUGACACUCCUUUUCUCUCUGCCUCAUUUUAUCUUAGGAAAUGGUUAUUAGCAAAAAGAGGUGGUCGUAUCUUGAAUAGUGUUUCUACUUUACUGGUUAUUAAGGCAAAAAAAAAAAAAAUCUUAUGCUGUAAUUGCCUUCUGCUGUUUUUACCCAUUCACCCUCAUCCCCAUGCGUGCAUCCUCUGUGGUUUUGAAGAGUGGGUUGAUGACUUCAGUAUAGGAUUAAUGUAGUCUGUAAAACAUCUUGAUGUGAUCUGCCUUUUUGCUUCCUUUUCAUCUCUGAACAAAAGAGAUGAUCACUCUUUUAUCUGCCUCCUUGCAACACUUCUAUCAAACUGGAAGCUUCCCAGAAGCAGAAACCAUGUCUAUUUCCACAACUUAACUCUGUGCCUUCCUAUUGGUUGGGUGAAUUUUUGCUUUAUAAGUGCAACUUUUUUUUGCGCAUAUAUUUUAUCCUUGAUUUACAUGCAUUUGUUGAUAGGAAGUAGCUUAUAUUUGUUGCACGUAAAAUAUGUUUUGUUGGAUUAAGAAGGACAACAUUGACCCGUGAACAACAUGGGUUUGAACUGUGCAGGUCCGCUUUAUAUGCAGAUUUUCUCCAUAAAUAUAUGUACCAUACUGUAAAUGUAUUUUCCUUAUUAUCUUCUUAAUAAUAUUUCCUUUUCUCUAGCUUACUUUAUUGUAAGAAUACAGUGUAUACUACAUAUAAGAUACAAACUGUGUGUUAACCAACUGUUUAUAUUAUCGGUAAGGAUUCUUGGUCAACAGUAGGCUAGUUAAGUUUUGGGGGGAGUCAAAAAUUAUACAUUGACUGCACAGGGGGUCAGCAUUCCUAACCCCCAUGUUGUUCAAGGGUCAACUUAGGAGAGCUAGAAUCCUCAUACUGUUUAUUUUUAAAUUCUUCAUGUUUAUAUAUUUGCAUAUAUAUUUGUGUAGAGAUACACAUCUAUAAAUACACAUAGUUAUAUCAACUUUCUAAGGUAUGGUUAAAGCCUGUUCAUUCACAGGUUUUGUGUAUUUGAUUGUAUACAGCUCACCGAUUGAAUCUUAAGAAUACCAAACCCUCUGGCAUUAGAGGGAAGUAACUUCAGAAACAGCCCCUUCUGCAGAGGACUUCUACCGGGGACCAGGCUUUAAUUAAAAGUAAUCUAAUCCAAGAGUUUGGCAAGAAUUUUAUAAUUCUCUGAAAAGAGGACCCUGGAGUUCUUCGACUUGAAGUGAUUCUAGAGUCAUCCAGAGAUAGCCUAGAAGGCUCCGAGCUACCCCCAAAGACUCCGAAUCUCUUUGGGAAAUCUAGAUCAUGUUUCUCAGUUAGAAUUAAAACAUACUCUAGACUUGCCUGGUCCCAGAAUCAUCUUGCAUACCCAAUACUGGGUCAUCUGUUUCAAACCAGUCAAAAUAGUAACCCCAGAGAAGUCAAAUAGGUGAUCCAGAAUCACAUGUUUUUAAGUUUUGGAGCCUCGUAGCCAUAAAUAUUUUGGUACCAGCAUCAGUUCUAAGUUACUGGCUAUAUUGUCACCACAUUCCCAUGGGACCUUUGCCCUUAGGGGAAUGCAGGAAUGAUCUUGGGAGUGGGAAUGUUAGAGACAGGAACCUGAAGAGUCAGAUUAUUUCUGAAGUUCUCUGUAUUCUAUUUCUACUGCCUUUCCCCCCUUUAUUAUAAAUUUGGUUUAUUGAAAUAAAGUGGCUGUAUCUGUACAGAUAUCUAUACUAUUUAGAAUAUAAAUGAUGUAAGGUUUGAGUUUAAAUGAGCCAUAUCUUUCCAAGAAACUUUCAGACUGUUCGAGAGUAGCAGUACCAUUUUACAUUCCAACCAGCAGUGGAUGAGAGAUCCAGUUUCUCCAUAUCCUCACCAGCAUUUGAUGUCACAAUUUUUUAUUUCGCCACAGUGAUAGGUGUGAAGUUUUCUCAAUGUGGUUUUAAUUUGCAUUUCCCUAAUUAAUAA